AUGGUCGCAGCCACAAUCCUCUCCAGCCUUGCUCUGCGCUGGCGCUAUGCCGGCGAAGCGCUGCAGGCGCGCUGGAUAGCGCUACUCGAUGUCACUGGCGAUGAUCCGAUGCGCCUGUGGGUGUACGGCACCACAAUUAUUAUAUUUUUCGUCUAUUGGAUCUAUGCUGCCCUAUUUACGAUCAUGGACAUCACAAAUCGACCGAAAUUCCUGCGCAAGUACAAGAUACAGCCGGGCCAGAAUGAGCCGGUCGAUCUUGGCCGUCUAUGGAAGGCCGUCAAGGUGGUCGCAUUUAACCUAACUGUGGUGAACUUCUUUACCACCUGGCUGCUCUACGAAGUGUCGCUCAGGCACAACAACAUCACCGAUAUCCGACAGUUGCCAAGUUUUGGACGCAUCAUACGCGACUUUGUCAUCUUUGUGAUCAUGGAAGAGACGAUGUUUUACUACGUGCAUCGCCUGAUGCAUCACAGAUCCGUCUACAAAUACGUGCACAAGAAGCAUCACGAAUGGACGGCGCCCGUGGCUGCUAUGACCCUCUAUGCACACCCCAUUGAGCACGUGGUAGCUAAUCUGCUCCCAGUGGGCAUAUCCGUCUCUCUGCUGGGCACUCACGUCGUCGUUGCCUGGGGCAUUAUAUCCCUGGCAGUCAUAAACUCGAUGAGCGAUCAUACCGGCUACAGUUUUCCCUGGUCAGGCGGAUCUGUUCGUUUCCACGACUAUCAUCAUGCCAAAUUCAAUUACAAUUAUGGCGUUACGGGCUGGCUGGAUAAAUUACAUGGAACUUAUAGAGCCACCCAUGAACAAAACAAGCCGCAAGCAAAGUCGAAGGCCAGUAAGAGCAAGCGCAAAACAAAAUAAACUAUAUACAUUUCA